AUGAAGCUUUCACUUUGGGACACCGCGGGUCAAGAGACAUACAAAAGCAUAACAAGAAGCUAUUUCCGAGGUGCAUCUGGGGCAUUGUUAGUGUUUGACAUCACGCGAAGAAGCAGCUUUGAGUCGGUCACCCAAUGGCUCAAUGACCUUCGUCAGAUCGCCGAGGAGGGUAUCGUCGUCAUUUUGGUGGGCAACAAGCUGGACCUGGCGGAACAGAGCACUGAUACGCAGGGAGGCACCAAGCGAGCCGUGAGCCGAGAAGAGGCAGAGGACUGGUGUCGACGAGAAAACGUGGUCAAAUAUGUUGAGACAAGUGCUAAGAGCGGAGAGGGAGUCGAGAAAGCGUUCCUCGAGGUGGCAGAAAGAAUAUAUCAGAAUAUCGAAGCCGGCAAAUAUGACCUCAACGACAGGAGAAGCGGAGUUAAAGGGUAUGGGACAGGGACUGGGCGAGAUGAAGGCAAAGCUCCCAAGACAGUCAACCUGACCAUGAACGAUGCCGUUAAGAGCGGGCAGGGUAGAGGUUGCUGUUGA